CACCGCCUCCCGCGGUGAGGCCGAGGGCGGGCCGGGGCAGCGGCGCAGGACGGCAAAGGGGCAGCGACGGAGCGCGCCGGACCGCCAUGGUGCUGCUGGUGGUGAUGGGCGUCAGCGGCUCAGGGAAGACCACGGUCGGGACGCGGCUGGCAGAGAAGUUGGGAUGGAAAUUCUACGAUGCAGAUGAUUAUCAUCCUCUAGAGAAUAAGAAGAAAAUGGAACAAGGGAUACCACUAAAUGAUGAGGAUAGGAUUCCUUGGCUUUGCACAUUGCAUGAUAUACUAAGGAGAGAAGACACAUCUAGACAAGAUACAGUUCUAGCCUGUUCUGCACUCAAGAAGAUGUACAGGAAUGUGUUAAUUAGUGGAGCAUCUGCAGUCAAAAGCAACCAGCCAGAGCAACCAGGAGAAAACCCAGCACUGAAGAUCCUCUUUGUUCAUUUGGAUGGACCUAUGAACAUCAUUGCUGACCGCCUGGAGAAGAGGAGAGGUCAUUUUAUGCCACUUAAACUUCUCAAGUCUCAGUUUGAUACUCUAGAGCCACCUAGUGCACCAGAAAACUUCAUUACUGUCAGUCUAGAAAAAUCUCUCCCAGAAAUAGUAGAAGAGAUUGAGAGCGCCAUUAUUCAGGGUGAGGCUUUGCCAGCGUAAUUUUCUGAAUGACACAUAUAGAAAUUACCUGAGGGAUAGCAAGGCUAUGAGACAGGGUUUUAAUUAUUAAAUUGAUUAUUAAAUCGAACCAGCUUAUUUUGAAGAGCUGGUUUACUGCUUGGUUUUUUUAUCAUGGCUCUAUAAAAGACAAACAAGAUAUAAUUUGCAAUAACUUAACUUUUUAAGCCCUUCACUCUAUGAAAUUAAAAUUCUCAUUUUAGUAAGAGCCUACUUUUGAAAAUCCUUGCAAGGGUCACACAGAAUAAUUUCUUUUCUUAAUUUUAAUAUUUACUCUGUCAGAUACUGAGAUGGGCACAUCUGCUAUUACAAGAUAAAUAAUUUACAGCUUUGUUAAAAAUAAUGUCAUUUUCCUAGAAGAGGCAGGAACAUGUAUGAUGAAGUUCCAUACAUGACACUACCUCUGUCUCACUGCUGGAUUUUCAUCAAGUUGUAGGUUCUGUGUUUGUAUCCUUGUUUACCUCACUAGAGUACUGAUGACUUCAUGAGAACUUUCCUGAUCUCUCACUGAAUGCAUUGACCACCAAGCUGAAAAAUGUUUGAAAUAAAAGGCAGUGGUGGUGAUGCAAUAUAAAAAAUUUAACUGAAUGGAAAGCUUUAGAAAUAAAGCAUAAGAAAUAUUUAGAAAUAAAGCUUCAGAAAUAAAACAUCACACUGGCUCUGAACUUGGAGCUUUCAUGUACAAAGCGUAUACAUUGCAGCUGAGUGUGAGUCAACUAGUGAUUUAAGGUAGUGAAUGCAAGGUUGAUUGACACUUCCUUCUUUUUGAAAACUUACUCUUUCACAGCUGGACCUUCUUCUUCACUUCCCAAUGCUGGUGGGCACCUCAGUGCAUGUCAAUGCAAUUGCUUUAAAGCUUUUGAUCAAACUAUUCCUACUACAUAUUUUUCUCAUCUUUUUUGAUGAAGAUGAGAAGAAAAUUCCAAAUACCUAAUCAGUCACCUAGCUACCAGAAUUUAAGAUUGAAGUCCUUUUUUACCACCAAGAUGUUUUUCAAAAAGUACUUCAUGUCAUGUUAGACAAGAUAGGCCUUUUCAGCUUCAUACAAUGAAAUUUUCUAUUUUUAGUUUCUGUAUGAAAGAUUUGAGUCUCGUCCGAAUGGAGACAUCUCCAUGUGCUGUCACACAUGGAUUAUUUUUAGUAUGUCAUGCAAUUUUUUUUAUUUCUGGAAUGAUGGAUGAACUCCUGUAGAAGAACACCUCAUGUUUGAAAGCAUCUUUAGUGUAAUUUUCACCUGGGUAAGUACUUGAAAAAUAUUGAUCAUGGUUCUCAUUAUGAAUGAAAAUGGUAAGGGUUUUGUGGUGUACUAGACAAACUACUGUGCUUAAAUUAGAGCAGUAAAUGGGCUUUAUGUUACUGAAAGCAGCAAUUUUUAGACACAGAAUUGGAAUUUUAGGCAUUAACCUAUCCAGAAAUGGUAUUUUCCAGUUUAUUUGUGACCUGAAGGGAGAAUACCAGGCAGUUACUAGUUUUAGUCUGUUGCUGUACGCUACAGGGUGCUCUCACCCCAGAUCCUGUUUGUUCCAACAGCCAGGGUGCAAGUUUAAGACAUAGAAGCAAAGUUAAGUGCAAGAGGCAGGGAUAUCUGUAAGCUUCUUAAUACCCUGAAAUUUCAGAGACCUCUUCAGACCAAGUGACUGGUCAGACCUGUACAAAUUUUGUAGCUAUGAAAAUCACAGACACAGCACCCUCUUGUGGCAUCUAUGCUGUUAAUGAGGUCUUCAUCUUUUUCAAUACACCAUUUUACAAACACUUGACUAAUGUACACAUUAUUAAAUACAGAUUUAUGCUUCCUUCUUUCACACGCAAUAAAGCCAGACCAUAACGCUCUACAGCAGCAGCAUCCUGUCACACACAGAUAUGAUCAGACCUUUAAAUAUUUUUUU